AUGAUGACAUCCAAAGAAGUGGCCAAAUGUGAUGCAGUGGAAAACAGGAGGCGAAGUCCACUGGACCAUUUGCCGCCUCCUGCCAACUCCAACAAGCCGCUGACCCCUUUCAGCAUCGAGGACAUCCUGAACAAACCCUCUGUGAAACGAAGUUACACAAUCUGUGGCACAGCUCAUCUUAUUUCGUCCUCCGAGAAGCACCGUCCGUCCAGCAUCCCCCUGUCCAGCCGGGCUCUCCUCACCCAGACCUCUCCGCUCUGCGCCUUGGAGGAGCUGGCCAGCAAGACAUUCAAGGGGCUCGAAGUCAGCGUUUUACAGGCAGCCGAAGGCCGGGACGGGAUGACCCUGUUCGGCCAGAGGAGCACCCCGAAAAAGCGUCGAAAGUCUCGGACUGCGUUCACGAAUCACCAGAUCUACGAGUUGGAGAAGCGCUUCCUGUACCAGAAGUACCUGUCCCCCGCAGACCGGGACCAGAUCGCGCAGCAGCUGGGCCUGACGAACGCGCAGGUCAUCACGUGGUUUCAGAACCGGAGGGCCAAGCUAAAACGGGACCUGGAGGAGAUGAAGGCCGACGUGGAGUCUGCAAAGGCCGUCGGUCAGGUCCCCUUGGACAAGCUCGCCAAACUCGCGGACCUGGAGAAAUGCGCCAACGGCACGCUGGGCCACCCGCGAGCCGAGUCCCCCGCGCGGUGCGGCCAGCAGGAGCUCGAGCUCGCACAGAAACUGCGGUCGUCGCCGCUGUCUCCAUUCUCAGACCACACAACUAGUAAAGAGUGCUCAGAGGACGAGGAUGUGGAGAUUGAUGUGGAUGACUGA